AUGUCGGACGCAGAGGACGGCGUGCUGAUCUGGUAUACAGACGCCGCCAAGAAGAAGUACUUCAAGGUGGCGAGCGCAUCGACGGCCUCGUCAACUUCGUACUCCUUUGAGGCCGUGAAGCGGCGCAAAAUCGAGGACGUGUGUCGGCAGGAGGCUGGUCUCCGGGCUGAGCUGGUAAAGGGACACAUCAAACGACAUGGAUUGCGCAAGGACAUAGUCUCUGGGGGCUUGCUGAGCCGGGAAGUAGAGCGUGCUGGCGUGGCGGAGGACGGGCGAGGCCGGACGUUGGAUGAAGAUAUUGGCGCCGCGGCGUGGGCGGGUGGCUUGCAGAGCAAAGGGCGCGUUCCGUUUAUGCCGAGUUUCGGCUGGGGCAGGGAGGUGAAUAUGAGUUGCUUCUGGAUUGGGGGUGCGGGAGUCGCGUAUGCGACUUUGGACGAGGAGUCACUGCUGGGGACGUACAUCUCUACGAAUGACAAUGACGUAUUGACGUUUGGGACGGAUCCGGUGACGCGUGAAGUGCGCCGCGGCCCCCAGUUUCGAGCCGAGUUGAUACGGUGUCCGCAGAUGUCAUCCAUCAAGUACCAUGAACCGACGCACAAGAUGUUGCUGACGUCGCGGGAGCCGGACCACAGCUGUGGACUGUACUUGUUCUCGCCGCUUGUCUCGGAGGAGCCCGGGACGAGGGGCCAGUGGAUGUUGGGAGAAGCCGACCACUACCAGCGCCUCACCAUCCACCGCCGCAUCCGCGACGAAUGGGUCGUCCACCAGAGCACGCCGGCGCUCCCGUCGUCCAACCUCCUCUGCGUGAUGGGCACCAACGUCGGGGUCGUGCUCGUCCACUCCAACGACUCCAUGUCCUGGGCGGCGCCAGCCCAACCGGCCAAGGGCACGCAGCAGCCGCAGGAGAUCUUCGACCAGGACUUCCAGCACUCCAACCACAACGUGCUCCUGGCGGGCGGGCGACAGCCACGCCUCUGGACGACGGACCUGCGCACCCCCGUGACGGAGUGGUCCUGCGCCCGCCAGCCCAGCUCCAUAGCGCACUUGCGAAGCGUCAACGAGCAUCACGUCCUGACGGCCGGGCUGCAGGACAAGAUGGGCCUGUACGACAUGCGGUUCCUCAAGAAGGGGCCCAACGGGACGACGCCGCUCCUCUCCUUCCCGGGGUACAAGAACGCCGCGCACUUGCACACGGGCUGGGACGUGAGCGCCGAGCUAGGCGUCGUGGCGGCGGCGCAGGACGACGGCACAGUCAAGCUGUUCUCGUUGAGGUCGGGCAGGGCGCUAGAGAGCAGGGCGCUGGCUGCCGUAGGCACAGAUACUCCCGUCCGGGCCUUGACGUUUCGUGGCAUGGCGAGCGACAGGCUCCCGAGUUUGUGGAUCGGCCAGGGGCAAACGUUGAGGAAGUUUUCCUUUGGCGUGAGGGCCUUUGAGGACCAGGCUUGA